AUGAGGACUAGGACCACGAACUUAAUUUCCUUCCUUUUGCUACUAUCUUGCUCCAUCAAAGCCUUGACUCAUCUGGGGCUCCAUUCCAGGUUUAGGAAAUGGAUUAAGGGAUUGACCUCUUCAUCAAAGCUGUCCGUACUCAUCAAUGGGGAGUCCACCGGGUUUUUUGGGAUGUCUCGAGGGGUAAAGCAGGGUGAUUCAUUGUCAUCGUUUCUGUUUAAUAUCGGAAUGGAUAUCCUGUCCUUCAUUUUGUGUGAAAUCAGAGCUGCAGGGCAUAUUUCGGGAUUCUGUGUUGACGAAAACAGCCGAAGAGGAGAGGUUACACAUCUGCUCUAUGCCGAUGACGCUAUACUGUUCUGCGAGGCAAAUGAAGAUGAAGUGCGAAACAUUCUAGCCGCACUAGUCUGCUUUCAAGCGAUAACCGGGCUGCAGAUUAAUCUCGAGAAGUCAAAAUUAUUCCCCGUCGGAGAAGUCGCUAAUUUGGACAGAUUGGCGGAGGUGUUUGGGUGUGACUGGGCCUUUCUUCCUACAACCUAUCUGGGCGUUCCGCUGGGCAGCCAAUCGCCUUCAGUUGGGCAAUGGAACUCGCUCGUUAGGAGGACUCAAUCCAAACUGGAAGGAUGGAAAGGAAAUUACCUUUCGAUCGGCGGCAGGGUGGUACUCAUUAACGCGGUUCUUGCGAGCCAGAGUACGUAUGUGAGUUCCUUAUUUCUUAUCCCUAAGCACAUUAUCAAAAGUUUAGAGAAGGUUCAGAGGGAUUUUCUCUGGUCGGGCAAUCAGGAUAAGGAGAAGUUUCAUCUUGCGUCGUGGGAGUUAUGUAAAACUGCUAAAGAUCGAGGAGGGUUGGGCAUCAGAGAUUUAGAGGUUCACAACAAAGCACUAUUACUCAAAUGGCAUUGGAAAUUUGCUACAGAAAGGGGAUCUUGGUGGAGGAACAUUAUCAACAUCAAAUUUCCCAAUCCAUCUUCAGAGUGGUUUUCUGGAACCAUUCAAGGCAGAAGCGGGGGCAGCCCAUGGGCUAAUAUCAUGAAGUUAAAAGAUGAGUUUUGGAAGAUAGCCUUUAUUGAUCAAGGGAGUGGUAAUAGAACGUCGUUCUGGUUCGACACAUGGAUUGUUGGUUCGUGCUUAGCUGAGAAAUAUCCGAGAGUCUUCGCUGCUGCAGAGUCCCCGUCCUCCACCAUUGCAGAUUAUCUUACUUUUGCUGAGGGAAACCUUCGGUGGGAUAUUCCACUGAUUUAUAAUCUUCGGGGUGGGGCUGAGAGAGAGAGAGAGAGGUUUUUUAACCAACUUGAGGCAAUUACUUCUGUGAAUUUUAAUGCAGGUCCUGAAAGACCGAAUUGGUCGGCGGUAUCUUCAGGAAGAUUCAGUGUCAGUUCUGCCACCAAGCAUCUUGCUGCAGUUCGCUCCACAAGUUCCGACCACUUUCCGGCUAAGAUGGUGUGGCAGAAUCUAAUACCAUCAAAGAUUUGUAUAUUUUUAUGGCUGGUAUAUCAUAAUAGACUCCUAACGUUGGAUAAUCUCAAGAAAAGAGGGUACCAUCUUCCCAACAGAUGCAGUUUAUGCAAGAAACAAGAGGAAUCUGCCAAUCACAUGUUUGUCUUUUGUGAGUUUUCAAGACAAGUUUGGAACAGGUUGAAACACUUCAUCAAGAUCGAAGAUUCCAUGGACGAAACGCUCGGGAUUACAGAAAGAAUUUCACGGUGGCCCACCGCGAAGCCAGCGAGUCCGACGCACUGGUGUUCGAUUGUCGCCCUUCAUGCUUUCUGUUGGACUGUUUGGCUGGAGCGAAACGCCAGAGUUUUCAAGGGAGAGUCUUGUCCCGACUGGUUGCUUGUGUUAAAAAUUGGCGAUGCGGUAGCAGCUUGGUUGAUCGCAGCAAAGAAGGUUGAUUCUGAGGUCGCGAAGAAUUGGACAAGGGAAUUGCGUGCAAGGGUUGUUCCGAUCAGGCAUAACCCCCCUCCAUCAGCUUCGAGAUGA